ACGUCGUACUGUGUCCGAUAGUGACCAUCCUCACCCCCAUUCUUCGACAUUGCUUAACUAUCGCCGCUCACUACUCGACUUUAUUUGCCCCAGUUAUCGGCGCAGGCCAUGUCUUCAUCACCAAAACCCUCAGCUCUGGUAAUAAAUUUCCCCAAUUCCCCAAUUCCGAAGAAUCCACUUGGAGAGGGACGGUACAUCAAGACUGCUGCUGCUCUCAUCAUUGGAGAUGAACGAUGUCCAUUUCUGUGUUCCGCGAAGUGCACUCGCGCAAAAUGGCGCCAACAUAAGAACCAAAAUACAAAUCCAUAUUUGAUCAAGAACUCGAUAUAUGACGCAGAACCUUGUUAACUUAGAAUUCCUGGAGACACGGCCUCAACAACUAAAACCAGGGGGCUUCA